CACACAGCAGACGGCUCGUUAUCGCAUGCGUCGGUUUGCUUGUCACUAAGACUGCACCACCACCUUAGAGCCCCGCCGUUGCAGCGAGUCAGGACUUAGUCGGACAUAAGACUGCCACCAGAGAUCUAAGGAAGGGGGACGCCAUUUUCGAAGCGAUGUCCCAGGUUGCUUCGACACCACCAUCGAGGGCCUUGCCACCCGUCCCCGCCGACGAAGAAGCCUACGGCGCACAUCGUCCUGACUUGAACGCCUCGGGUAGUUUCCAGCAUCGCAAACCGCCCACCACGCGACACUCUUCCACACCCUCGUUCAGUAUUACCGAGCACAACACCACAGCGGCAGGAGGACGCGAUUCGAGACAGUCCGGAUCUUCCUUCAACCAAAGUUCCGACGGCCAUUCAAGGACCCCGUCGCGAGACAUAGAAACACCAGACCUCGAGUAUCGGUUCUCCGGAAGCUCAAUUCCCCCCGCGCAAGAGAUUGCCUUUAGACAGCUGCAUAUCAGCAACGGAUCGUACAGUAGUCGAUUCUCACAAUUCGCGGAAAUGGACGUCGCAAGGGCUCAAGAUGAGGCAGACAACAUAUACACUCCCCAGGAGCAAUACCGGCCCGUAUCCUACCCGAACCAACCGACCCCGCCGGCUGCUGCACAUUCUCCCCGCGAGACCGCACAAUCGCCGACGGCUGGGUCGCAGCACUCUUCGAAUAACAGUGGGCGCAACAGCUACUUCAACACCCAUGCGCAGGAGGGGGAGCUGCAAGUCCCGCGUAGCACAGUGCCUAGACCCAGCUCUGCGUACACCCUGGGCUCGGAACUGAAUGCACGAGGUCGUACAGAAUCCCCACGCCUUUCAGUGUAUGGAACCUCCCCGUCACCUAGCGGAUCACCUAAUCCUUAUGCCCGCCCCAUCUCAACCAGCCGCCGUUCUCCCGACGUCAGGCCGGAGUCGUCUUACAUCGAUCUGACCAAUCUACCGUACAACCAGCAAGUCGCCCCUGCAGCCAACUUUGGUAAUGCAGCUCUGCGGGGCGCUGUGGGGCAGAAUGCUUCCCUGCUCAACCAGAAGAAGACGCUGGAAAUGUACAGGGCGAACGUCAAGAAGACAGCGGAUACUGCAGUGCAAUACGAGUUCGCGCUGUUCAUGGUACAAGUAGCCCGCGAGAUUCUGGGGUCGGAGAAUGACAGUGAUGACCACGGCAUGAACCCCACAGAAUUGCUAAAGGAAGCACGACAGAUUCUUGAGAGAUUAGCCGCCCGCAGCUAUCCGUUUGCACAGUACUACCUUGCAGAUGGAUAUGCGUCAGGUCUGUUCAACAAGGACAAGCCGGAUCACGAUCGCGCAUUUCCACUCUUUGUAGCUGCUAGUAAGCAUGGACACGCGGAAUCAGGAUUCCGUGCCGCACUCUGUUACGAGUUUGGUUGGGGCUGCCGCAAAGACUACGCCAAAGCUGUUCAGUUUUACCGCGCUGCAGCAUCGAAGAACCACCCGGGAGCUGCGACACGACUUGGAAAGGCUUGUUUGACAGGCGAUAUGGGCCUUCAGAACAAGUACAGGGAAGGACUAAAAUGGCUCAAGCGAGCUACUGAAUCAGCCGACUUUCAAUACAACAUUGCGCCGUACGAGCUUGGUCUGCUGCACGAGACGGGCUUCGGGGACGACAUCUUCAAGGACGAGGUGUACGCAGUACAGCUCUUCACACAAUCUGCCGAGUUGGGACAUCCGUUGGCUGCUUUGAAGCUAGGCGAAGCUUACGAACAUGGCUUGCUACGCUGUCCUAAAGAUGCUGCACUCUCCGUUCACUAUUACAAUUGUGCUGCCCAGGCCGAUAUUCCCGAAGCCAUGAUGAACCUAUGCGCGUGGUAUAUGGUCGGUGCCGAACCAGUUCUGGAGAAGGACGAAAAUGAGGCGUACGAGUGGGCUAAGAAAGCUGCGGAGCAUGGUCUUCCAAAAGCCGAGUAUGCCUGUGGAUAUUUCACAGAAAUGGGCAUUGGCUGCCGGAGGGAUCCUCUAGAAGCAAAUGUCUGGUACGUCAAAGCCGCAGACUCUGGCGACGAGCGGGCGAAACAGCGUCUUGCCAUUAUUCAAGCUGCCGCAUCCGGGCAAUCACACACUCCAGCAAAAACCAAUACCGAUAAAGGCAAACUUAAGAAAGAGAAAGUCAGCAAGGAAAAGGAUGUCAAAGAAAAAGACGAAAACUGCGUCGUAAUGUGAAGAGGGGCGUGUUGUCGAUUCUUUCCGUCCAUGCUUCUGUUGUAUUUUCUCUUAUACCCGAUUCGCGAUCUGUUUUUCCUUCUCUUGCAUGUGUAUGGGUUGGUGGUUUCCGCCAUUCAUUAAUGGGUAUGGCGGUAGUUCUUUUAAUAUGGGGGGAUGUGCAUAUACGGCGUUUGUGAUGCAUUACUCUUGCAU